UGGAAAUAUGACACCUGGAAUAGUGGGCCCCACAACUUAAAAAAUUAAAUUGAGACAUGUAUACGGCGCGACCCGGCCCGAAUCUGGCCCGAAACGUGUAAAAGUUAACUGAGCGCCUGAAAGAAACUUAUUCCUCGAAAAACCAAACGACGCCCGAGCGAGGAUCGCACAGAGGACCUUCAUUCAAUCUUUAUUCAAUCUUUUAGGGUUUUUGAAUCAGAUAAACUCAGGCUGUUAGAUUUGUCGUUGGAAACCGAAGAGAGCCAGUGAGAAUGGAGACGGAAGAGCCCGUGAUAAUGGAAACCGAAGAGGAAUCGACAAUGCAAGCCGAGAAACCCAAGAAAAAGGAAGGAAAAGAGCGAAAGAAGAAGGAAAGCGAAGAGGGUUCAUCCAGGUUUGUGAACCCAAGGUCCAUCAGUUCUAGAUGUCGACCAUCUGUAGUUCGAGAUGCACUUGAUAAGGUCAGGCUUGUCGUAUCUGACGGGAUGAUGAAUGAGCUGAAAACCUUGAAUGUUGAUCAGUUCUUUGCACUUCCACCUUAUCCCCAAGACAAUGUGGUCACACUUCAAAUAUUGCAAUGUUGGAUACAUGAAAAAAUGGUUUUCAGACUGGGAGGGAAAGAACUGAGGAUUAAUCCUGAUGAAGUUGCCCUCUUGGUUGGCAUGCCAAAUAGAGGAGAAGUUCCAAAGUGGAAGAAAGUUCCAUCCUGUGGCGUUGAUGCCCGUCAAAUGAAGGCUGAUCUGUUGACCUUCGGAACUGGGGAGUCUUCUGCCCCUUUUAAUCAAUUGUAUAUAAACUAUCUGUUAUCAAAUUUAUUUUUUCCGUCUAGUAAUUUCAGUGUAUCCAAAGGACUUUACAUCUUUGGAGAGAAUGUAGAUACAUUUGCUUCAUUUAAUUGGCCCGCUGCGCUAUGUGAAUAUCUUAUUGAGCAAAUAAAUGCGGUUGCCAUCAAAAUAAGGCGGAACCGGCCUUUGGGAUAUAUAAAUGGUUUUCUUUUUUUGCUAACGGUAAGUACAUCGUAUUAAAACCAAAUGCUA